AUGAUCCAAGACUGUGACGAUCCUAUGGACGUGCACGAUCCGCUGAAAACACGACAUCUGGUGAUGAAGACAAACAUGCACACAAACGAGUUCAUGGGAAUUGCGAUCUUUCUCAAUAGCUGUCCGGAGCUGGAAUCCCUGAUGUUCGAUAUGGAUUCGAAUGAGCGUAUCCUGAGGGUUUCGCCGCCAAUGGAUGCGGAAGUGUAUUGGCUCAGUAACCAAACGUACGAGUGUCUGGAAAAGACACUUAAGGUGGUGAAAGUGAAGAACUUUCGUGGCGAGUCCAACGUGUUACAUGUGCUGCAGUACCUGAUUCGAACCGGACGUGUGAUUGAGCGGCUUGAGAUUUACGGGGCAGAGGGAUUGAACCAGGGGCAAAAGAGCUUGGUGCUGGCUGCAUUCGAGGAGGUUAAGCGGAUUGUCAAGAAAAGCUCGAGGCCAUUCCGGAUUACUCUACAGAGUGGCUGA